AAUUUCAAUUGUGUUACCAGGAUGCUAUGCGAUUUUGGCUAUUCCGAUUGUUCUGUCUCAGGUGUGCCUCCACCUCAGCAUCCAUCUCAGCAAAAAAAGGCCACGUCAAACACAGAGGAAGUGCUUAUGAGCGGACUGUUAAAAGCUAACGGAGGGAUGGUGCCGGUGUUAACAAAAGGGGUGAUUUGCCACUGCAACUUCAUGUGCUUCCUACCCGUAGAGGCGAUUGAAGUCCCCGUCAGACUCUGCAACCGUGAACAAAACACCAUCUCCAGGGGUGUAGCGGAUGAUUGGCUUUGCAGCAUGAGGGAGGUGAUAGAAGAAGAGGUGCUCGACAGGAGCCAACUUGAACCAAAAUGUGUCGAAGAAGAUAAGUGGGAAAGAGAACUCAACGGCAGAGGUGGGAGAGUCAGAGGAUGGAGCGACUUUAGAGACUUCAAGAAAUCUCAAUGAUGCCAUAAACUAAUGCGCAGAAAACAGAAGGUACAGUCAAUAAUUGAGUGCUCUCUUGCAAUUCAUGACGGCUUUUUAAAGAUUGGGAGGCUGACACACAGCGGCACAGAGGCCUUUGCAUGUGUGGUGUUGGUGGAGGAAUAUAUUCCAUGCUGUCUC